AUGGUGAAGGAAACUGAGUAUUACGACAUUUUAGGCGUCAAGAGUGAUGCACCAGGUGCUGAGAUUAAAAAAGCUUAUUAUAUAAAAGCAAGGAUAGUUCAUCCAGACAAGAACCCUAAUGAUCCUCAAGCUGCUAGAAACUUUCAGGUACUAGGUGAAGCUUACCAAGUUCUUAGCGAUCCGGAGAAGCGAAAAGCUUAUGACAACUUUGGAAAAGAAGGGCUUCAACAGGAUGCAAUGGUUGAUCCUGCAGCUGUAUUUGGCAUGCUCUUUGGUAGCGAGCUAUUUGAGGAUUACGUUGGGCAACUUGCUCUUGCUUCAAUUUCAUCACUUGACGCCGAGUUAGAAUCAUAUGAGCCUGAGAUUAGGAAAAAGAUGCUUCAAGACAAGAUCAAAGCGAUGCAAAAGGCAAGGGAAGACAAGCUUAUAGCUACAUUGAAAAACAAACUGGAACCAUUCGUGGAAAGACAAAUCGAUGAAUUUGUGAAUUGGGCUAACGCAGAGGCAAAGCGGCUUUCUACAGCUGGUUUUGGUGAAGCAAUGCUGCACACUGUGGGUUACAUUUACACUAGAAAAGCUGCGAAAGAACUCGGAAAGGACAAACGUCUCAUGAAAGUACCGUUCUUAGCUGAAUGGGUGCGUGACAAAGGCCACAUGAUAAAAUCUCAAGUGAUGGCUGCUUCUGGUGCGGUUGCGUUACUUCAGUUGCAGGACGAAGUGAGCAAGCUGCAUCAGGGAGAGAACAAAGAGGAGCAUAUACAGAAAGCCAUUGAAGCUAAAAAAGAUGCAAUGCUUCAAUCCCUUUGGCAAAUCAAUGUACUCGACAUCGAAUCAACCUUAUCCCGUGUCUGCCAAGCGGUGCUUAAAGAUCCAAGUGUUUCAAAGGAUGUUCUUCGAGCUAGAGCUAGAGGAUUAAGGAAGCUCGGAAACAUUUUCCAGGGUUCUAAGAAACCUUACUCCAGAGAAAACAGUUUGCGCCAUGAAGAAGCCGCCGUGAAACUUCACCCCGGCGAUUCUUCCAAACCGGCGACUUAA